AGCGAGAAUGACAAAAUCACACGGAAAAUUAUGAAAAACACACUUGUUUAUUACCUGCUUUUGGUGUGCACUUUACAUUUUGCAUGUACACAAUGUCCUGCCCCAUACCCAGGAGAACACGGACCAUGUAUGGAAACAUGUGGAUUGAGCAGCCAUUGCAGUUCAGGGUUAUGGUGCUGUACUACCCCUUGUGGUGGGACAGUGUGUAAAAUACCAGAUACACCAAAGCAGACGACAUUACACCACCAUCAGCCACCAGCUCACACACCAACUAUACCAAAGCAGACGACAUUACACCACCAUCAGCCACCGGCUCACACACCAACUAUACCAAAGCAGACGACAUUACACCACCAUCAGCCACCGGCUCACACACCAACUAUACCAAAGCAGACGACAGCACACCACCAUCAGCCUUCAGCUCACAAUACAAUUCCUCAAAUUCCACAUAUACCAACAAAACAUGAAGCUCAACAACAAUUUUCUUUAUAUCAAGAAUUGUUUCCAGAACUUCAACCGGGUUUUCCACAGCAAGUGCAAACAGAUUUCAGCCACCAAACUAAUAUAUAUCAAGAUCAAAUAGUAAAUUUGAAAACAGACAUGUUUCCAGACCACCACCAUGAGGAGUAUUUCCUGCAGGAUACACAACCACCAUUAUUUACAGAACCGCAAGGCACUCCACAAUACAACAAUUUCCAAACCCCUCCUCCAAGUAACCAUGGUAACACUAGAGUAGAGGUAACAUGUCCACCAGAACAACCAAGAGUUCAAUGCUGGCAUGAUCCAUGCAAUGGUAGAACAUGCACAAAUUUUCCUGUAGCAGUUUGUGAGGCAAAUUAUUGUGGAGAUUGCAGUGCAAAGUUUACUAUGGCUACGGUAGAUGUCACCAGAGGCUGUGAAGUUCGGUUAUGAAAGUUUUUUUUAAAGAUAAUAUUUCAUAACUCGUUCAAAAUGACUCAAUGUCUUCUAGUUGAAUAUAAUAUUUAAAAUCUAUUUUUCUAAGUUUUUGAAAAUUAAAAAAAUAAAGUAUUUGCAAAUGGGAGACAACUGCCACAUAAUUUGGGCAAAAAAACCCCCUAAAUUCUAAGGAAAUACAGGUAUUGCCUGAUUUAAUCAAUGCACCCAAGUUUUCAUGCCAGUGGGCUAGUGUAAAAUAAGUAGAUGCACUGGAUAUACAUCAAUGAAACAACUACUCAAGCAUACAGCAUAUUUUCUCUCUAUUGGUAGUGAAUUUCAAUUUUGAAAUUACCUGAAAAAAUAUCAUAUUUGUUUAGUUUAACACAAAUUGGAUAAGGCACAAGUCAAAAAUCAUAUUUGUUAUUUCAUAUUAUCAUAAUCAAUGUAUAAUAAACAAAGAUAUUUUUUUAUAAAUUCUCCUUUAUUUGGGUAAAAUAACAUACACAAAAUAUCCAUGUAUAAAUUGUAUAACAAGCACCAACUAUAAUUAUGCUGAGGAAAGACUAGAGAUUCUGCAUAGAGUUUUUGCAUAAAGACAAAGGCCAGAUAAAAUAAGUCCAUGAUAACCUGCAUGCCAGUAAGUUAUCUCCCUUUUGUUAAUCAAAAAUAUGUGUCAAAACUCAAUUCAUUUCCAAUUCAAAAAUAAAAACCAAACAAGGCUAUAACUAAAAAAUGCAUGCCUUCCACCUGACUUUAUACAAAAUUAGAUUGCAAUUGAAGAAUUGUUUUUUGUGAUAAUACUAACAGAAGAAUGUUUCACCAACUGUUAUAAAUACACAAAGAAACAGAAUAUUUUUAUACAUUUUGAAAAAUUAUAAUGGAUGAAGGAAGGAAACUUUUCAUUUAUAGAUUGAAAAAAAAAUGUUUCCAGGUUAUAAACUAAAAAUAAAACUUUAAUGUAUCCUGAAGAGAACAGGUUUUCACAAUUUUGGUGUGA